CAUUCGUAAUAAAUCCGUAGCUCGUCUUACUUAUGAACCAAAGUAUUCACUUGUUUGCAGUUAUUUGCAAGUUUCGGUGGUGAAAAUGAGUAAUACUACGGGUGUUUUUUGCAGAAGCUCUGUGCUAGUUUUAAUUAUUUUCAUUUCCUGUUUGACAGUUUCGUACUCUUUGCCUACUACAGGAUUAGAUGAAUCAAAGGACCUGAUAUCAAACAAUACCGACGGUUCUUGUGUAAGACUUUCUUCAACACCGUCCAAAUUUGUCAAAUAUAAAUGCAAUGGCGAAUAUUCGGAAGAUUGUACAUUUGGCAAACUGGUUCCUGAACAUACCGUAGUCAAAAUUUUGUGCAAUCCUGGCUAUUAUUCAUUAAACGAUGACGGCAGCAAUGAAACCACAUCAGUCUGCAUUGAAAAAAAAUGGAUUCCUGCAAACGUUAGAUGUCACAAAACGUGUGACAGACUAUAUUCCAAUCAUAUGAAUAUCAAUCUUGAGUGCUUUCACGGAAACAGAUCAAUUCCAUGUGAAGAAAAUUCGUUGACAACUGGCACAACAGUUCGCUCGUCUUGCAAAUGUGCACACAAAUACGAAAAGUCCAAGAGACCCUACCAAGAAAUUCACUGCGGAGAAGAUGGAAAAUGGGAUGCUGCGCUGAUUCCUUGCAUUUCAGGUUGUGAGAAAAGAUCAACAAACAAUCCUCCUUUCGACGCACCGUGGCACGUUACAAUCGUAUAUGCUGACGAUAAAGUUAAAGAUAAAGAAAUCAAACCUAAAUGUGCUGGUACCAUCAUAAGUCCUAGGUUAAUUCUAACAGUGGAAUCCUGCGUCCAUCACGACAUUUCUAAUGAAUUCAAAGGAGAUGCGAAUGCUUCAAAAUAUGCGGUUUCAGUGACUGAGUUCCCUCUAUAUCAACGAGUACAUGAGAUCGCUGAAUUUCGGUAUUUUAACCAAACUAAAUUCAUCCACAAAGUGAAUCGCAUUUACACGCCGAUGAUUCUAGUUUUGAAAGAAAAAAUAGUUUUCGAUGCGUUCGUUUCACCAGCUUAUAUUCAAUGGGACAGUCCAAGUAGGAUGGAUAUGCGGAAUGGAACAGUAAAGAUAUCCGAAGUGAACACAGAAGUAUCACGGCGUUUCAGUUUCUUCGGUACUUCUACUUGGAAAUAUCCUGAGAUGAUGGAUAUUUUCCUGGGAACACCGACCUCCAAGAGCGUCAAUUUCUCCAGCCACAACGCGUGUAAAGAAAGAUGGGCGUAUCCAUUUUUCGCCUCCAUUUUUGGACCUUUUUUAGCCUUAGCAAAUGAAAAUCAAGACAUCAAAGACACCGUUUUGUACGAUGAAAAUCUAAUGUGCCUAGAGUAUGAGAAUGAUUUCAACUACGUUCUUGGAAGUGGCGUAAUAGUUGAAGAAAACAACUGUCAUUUUAUUCGAGGAAUCAUGGGUCCUGCGAUAUCCGUAUCGAAAUUUAUUACAAACAUUGAUGAAGUUAUAGGUAAAGAUAAAGAAGCAUCUACAGUCUGUGACGAUUCGGUUACUCUGAAAUCACCAAAGCAAAAUGAAAUCAGGAAAUUCUGGUGUGAAAUGAGAAAUCGUGUAAAAAAAUCAAUGCAAACCGCUGGAAAAAAUUCCGAAACACGGGUAAAAAUUGCUGGAUCUAUGGAUAUAGCUGACUAUGUGGGCUGGAUUAAAAAGAUACGCGAUGAGGUCGAGACUCAAUAAUUCAUGUAGGUACCUACUUAAAUUAGAAGACUUUCAAUGUAAAAUAAAUCAAUAGGAUAUGAUUAAGAUCUCAGAUACCUACCUACAUAUCUUAUGUUUUAGUAUUUGAUACGAUUUGUGAGUGAAUUUCAUCCACCAAUCCACAUUGUUUGUAUAAUAAAGAAAGUUAGAAUACUCAA